AUGUCAACACUAUCCUCCCCUCGCGCAGCCCAAUACCACCAGCCUACUACCCACCCCCAGUCCACCCCCUCCGACCCCUCUGUCCAUCCCUCCUCUAUUCCCCCCUUCGUCUACCGCGUCCACCGUGCACGCUCCCAAACCGCCUACGACUUCAGCACCGGCUUCCGCGCCAAAAACCAGACCACCAUCAUCAACCAACUCUCCCACCUCUCGCGUUUCGGUCUCGCCCACCUCAACCAGCAAACCAACAUUUCGUCCCCCUUCAUCAGCGUGUAUCGCAGCCAGGUCCACGCAGAGGAGGUUGCACGCUACUUUGCGCGGCUAUACGACGAGGAUACGUGGGUGGUGACGAUCGAUACGAAUCACUUGAGCAGGGGCCCGGUGUUCUGGGCGGGGAACUUGCUCGAGGGACAGGAGAUGACGGCGAGCCAGACGUGGUUGCAUGAGGGGGAGUAUCUCUGUUUGUAUCGGAUUAGUCCCCAGGCUAUUCGGGAUCAGACGAGAGUUGUGAGGAAGGAGGCGAGGAGCUAUGGUGUUAUUGGGGGACGGUGCUGAGGCGGAGAUCGCUUCGGAGACAAUAUGGGGUGGAAGGGAUGCAAAGGAC